AUGUUUACUUUGAUUCCAUUCACUCUAGUCGUCGGAUUCAUUGUAGCGGCGGCUUAUCUUUUCCGAUCAAAGCAGAAUCUUCCACCAAGUCCGUUAUGUUUCCCGGUGAUUGGACACCUCCAUCUGCUCAAAGACCCUCUUCACCGUUGCCUCCGUGACCUCUCUCAAAACCUCGGUCCAGUGUUUUCCCUCAGUCUUGGAUCUCGACGAGCCGUGGUUGUCACGUCAGCUUCCGCAGCAGAAGAGUUCUUAUCCCACGAAAACGAUGUCGUUUUCGCAAACAGGCCUAUCAGUACUUUUGGUGAAUACGUUUUUUACAACAACACGAUACUUACCUCAUCUCCUUACGGAGACCACUGGCGCAACCUCCGCCGUAUAUGCACCGUCGAGAUCUUCUCAUCCGCUCGUCUCAAAGAAUCUUUAGAGAUCCGGAGAGACGAAGUGAGAUCUCUGCUUCGGACCAUCCAGGAGGCAACAUCAGGAGGAGGAAACAACUCUGUCCGAGUGGAGCUACGACCGUUGCUCUCAGGGUUUACUUUGAACGUUAUCAUGAGAAUGGUCGCUGGGAAACGAUACUACGGCGAGGAUAACGCGGAAGCUAAGGAAGUGCGUGAGCUGAUCACCAACACGCUCGAGCUCGCAGGGUUUACUUAUGCUGGUGACUUUCUUCCUAUUUGGAAGCUGUUGGAUUUCGAUGGAUACGUUAAAAAAUUGAAGAAAUUUGGCUCAAAAUUAGAUAAGUUUCUUCAGGGAUUAGUGGACGAACACAGAAGAAACAGGGGAAAAGCAGAGUUCAAAAACACUAUGAUCACUCAUUUGCUUACACUUCAAGAAUCGCAGCCUGAGUAUUACACUGACGAGAUCAUCAAAGGACUCGUGUUGGUGAUAUUAUUUGCGGGGUCGGAUACAACGUCUGUUACAUUGGAGUGGGCUAUGGCUAACCUUCUAAACCAUCCAGAUGUUCUAGUCAAAGUCAAGGCGGAAUUAAACGCCGUCGUUUCGGUAGAAGGGCGUUUGAUGGAGGAAUCAGAUGCUAGCACUUGUACAUAUCUCAACAAUGUGAUCUCAGAGACUCUUCGUCUGUAUCCAGCAACGCCAAUGCUGCUCCCACACGCGUCUUCCGAUGAUCGCAAAGUUGGUAAGUAUGAUAUUCCACGUGGCACAUGGCUAUUCAUCAAUGCUUGGGCGAUUCAUAGAGACCCUAAAUUAUGGGAUGAGCCCGAUGUUUUUAAACCGGAAAGGUUCAAUAGUAAAGAGUGGAAGACCCAACAUGGUAACUUUUUACCAUUCGGAAUAGGUCGAAGAGCGUGUCCGGGAAUGGGGCUGGCCCAACUUGUAUUGAGCUUAGCUUUAGGUUCAUUGAUACAGUGUUUUGACUGGGAGAAGGUUGGAGACAUGGAUGUUGACAUGUCGGAAGGAAAAGGUAUUACCAUGCCUAAAGCUGUGCCUUUAGUUGCUAAAUGCAAGUCUUCUCCAAUCAUUGACAACAUUGUUUUUUAUUUGAUUUCAUUCACUCUACUCAUCGGAUUCAUUGUAGUGGCGGCAUAUCUUCUCCGAGCAAACCAAAAUCUCCCACCAAGUCCGGUAGGUUUCCCGGUGAUCGGACACCUACACCUGCUCAAAUCUCCUCUUCACCGUUGCCUCCGUGACCUCUCUCAAAACCUUGGUCCAGUGUUUUCCCUCAGGCUUGGAUCUCGUCGAGCCGUGGUCGUCACGUCAGCUUCCGCAGCGGAAGAGUUCUUAUCCCACGAAAACGAUGUCGUUUUCGCAAACAGGCCUAUCACUACUUUGGGUGAAUACGUUCUUUACAACAACACGAUACUCACCGCAUCUCCUUACGGAGACCACUGGCGAAACCUCCGACGUAUCUGCACUCUCGAGAUCUUCUCCCCCGCUCGUCUCAAAGAAUCGCUCGAGAUUCGGAGAGACGAGAUGAGGUCUCUGCUUCGGACGAUUCACGAGGCGACAUUACGAGGAGGAGACAACUCUGUCCGAGUGGAGCUACGACCGUUGCUCUCAGGGUUUACUUUUAACGUUACCAUGAGAAUCGUCGCUGGAAAACGUUACUACGGUAAGGAAGUGGAUGAGCUGAUCACCAAAAUGCUCGAGCUCUGUGGGUUUACUUAUGCUGGUGACUUUUUUCCGAUUUUGAAGCUGUUUGAUUUCGAUGGAUACGUUAAAAAAAUAAAGAAAUUUGGCUCAAAAUUUGAUAAGUUUCUUCAGGGACUAGUGGACAAACACAGAAGAAACAGAGGGAAAACAGAGUUCAAGAACACUAUGAUCACUCAUUUGCUAACACUUCAAGAAUCUCAGCCUGAGUACUACACUGACGAGAUCAUCAAAGGACUCGUAAUGGUGAUAAUAUUUGCGGGGUCGGAGACAACGUAUGUUACAUUAGAGUGGGCUAUGGCGAACCUUCUAAACCAUCCAGACGUUCUAGUGAAAAUCAAGGCCGAAUUAAACGACGUCGUUUCGGUAGAAGGGCGUUUGAUGGAGGAAUCAGAUGCUAGCACUUGUACAUAUCUCAAUAAUGUGAUCUCAGAGACUCUCCGUCUGUAUCCAGCAACGCCAAUGCUGAUCCCACACGCGUCGUCCGAUGACUGUAAAGUUGGUGAGUAUGAUAUUCCACGUGGCACAUGGCUAUUCAUCAACGCGUGGGCGAUUCAUAGAGACCCAGAGGUGUGGGAUGAGCCUGAGGCUUUUAAGCCGGAAAGGUUUGACAGUGAGGAGUGGAAGACCCAACAUGGCCCAACUUGUAUUGGGCUUUGCUUUAGGUUCAUUGAUACAAUGUUUUGA